GCGCUGCUUGUUGCCUUCACUCGCCGCGCCGCUGUCGCCCGCGUCAGGCCGGCUCCAUGAGGACGAAGCACGUGAACGUGCUGAUCGCGCUGGCCGCCUUCGUGCUUUUCAGCUUCUCCUGCUUCUGCAUCUCCAGGAUGACUCAAACUAGUAAUCAAUUAAUUAAUUGUAGAAACCAUAUUUUGGAAUUUAAGGAGAAAAUUCUACGUUUAAAAAAUAAAACUGAAAGAAAUCGCCAAGAGCUGAUCAAUGCCUUGAGUAAAAUGAAGUAUGAAAUGACACAGAGAGAAAAUACGUCCACGGACUUAGUUGAGAAGAAAAUGAAUACAUUGGGUAAGGAUGAAACAGUGUCUAAUAAUACAUUUGAAGUCCUAAAGUUCUUUUUCCCUCAUCUAAGGAAAGUGGGCAGAAUUUAUCCUGAUGUAAUCAUUGGCAAAGAGAAAACAGGUGUCUCUUUUGCGCUGGGUAUUUCCACUGUUAGCAGAGGAAAUCAAAGUUACCUGAAGCAAACCCUGAAUUCUGUUGUCUCCAGGAUGACUCUCUCAGAAGAGAAGGACUCUGUGGUGAUUGUCUCGGUCGCAGAUAGAAAUGAAGAUUAUUUAAAAUCUGUUGUUGACAUGAUUACAAAAAGAUUCAAAAGGCAGCUGAAGUCUGGAUCCUUGGAAGUCAUUUCAAUACCUGCCUUUUUUUAUCCAAACAUGUUACAUGUCAAGCAGUCAACUGAGGACUCAGGAAAAUUAGAGAGUUGGCGCAUCAAACAAGUACUGGAUUUUUGUUUUUUGAUGCUGUAUGCCCAACCAAAGGCCAUGUAUUAUUUACAGCUAGAAGAUGAUAUCAUAGCUAAAAAGGUGUACUUUACAAAAAUCACAGAUUUUGUGCAUAAUAUCACUUCAAAUAAUUGGUUUUAUAUUGAGUUUUCAAUUCUUGGAUUCAUAGGAAAGCUAUUUAAAUCUGAGGACUUAACUGACUUGGUGCGUUUUUUUUUAAUGUUCUACAAAGAUAAACCCAUAGAUUUGCUUUUGGGGGAUAUUUUUCAGGUAAAGAUGUGUAACCCAGGAGAGACUCCUGAAAAAUGUGCAGAACGAAAUAAGCAAAUUCGUAUUCGAUAUAAACCUUCUCUUUUCCAGCAUGUGGGUAUACAGUCAUCAUUCCCUGGAAGAGAACAAUAUUCCAAAGAUAUUUAUUAUUAGGAGUUUCAUAAUUCGAGUACCUUCUUUAAAAAUGAUCAGCAUCAUUCUUUGGAAAAAAUGACAUAAUGAGGAUUAGUCUUAGUUCUCAACUUUCUUCAUAGUGGCUAAGAGACUAUCUCAUAUAAAAAAUGAAGCCUUUGAUAAUAUAGUGAAAAUAUGAAGAUAAUAAGCAUAACAAGAAAAAUUCUGUAAUACAUUGGAACCUCAGAUAAGCCUGAUUUCUCAUGGCAUCUUUCAGAAAUUAUAAUAAUGAAAAUGCAUAAUUGUAUAGAAGAGAAUUCAGAAAUUAACACACUUGUAGGCUUGAAAGUGUUAAGCUCCCUCUUAUGUCAAGGAAAAUUACAGUGUUUAUUUAUGAUGUUUGUACCCUUACUAUUAUAAUUUAAUUAAAAAAAUAGUAAAGGCAGGGAAGUUUUUGAAAAUUAAGAAAUGAAUUUUGUUGACGUAGUUAUGCUAUCACAUAAUCUUAAUAAAUAGCUAAUAGUUCAGAAACUUGUCAUGGACAGGUUCUGUGUAAAUUGGUAUAUGUUCUUAUCCAUUUUGUUAGGACAUCUAAAGAAAGCACAAUCUAAGCCUGGGUCUGGCAGUGCCACAAUAUCUUCUUGUCUUUUAAAUAAAUGCAUUUAAAACUAUAAACUUACCCCUAAAAUGCUGUUUGAACUGGUUUACCAGCCUCUUGAUAUUUAUGUAUUCCGAUAGUCAUUCAGUUCUAAAAGAUUUUGUAAUUUCUCUUAUUAUUACUUUCUUAGCUCAUGGGUUAUUUGGGAGUGUUUUCUUUUUUUUUUCUUCAAAUAUGUUGGUUUUUGCCAUCUUUUACUGUUGAUUUCUCAUUUAAUUACAUUGUUCUUAGUGGAUUUUAUCUGUGUGAUGAGAUUUGAGAAUUGUUAAGAAUGCUUAUGUUUCAUGUGAAUUUGAAAAGAAUGUAUAGUGUCUGUAGACUCCCUUUAAAAUAUGUUGCAUUCAUUUGUUUCUUAUAAAUGUGUUUUGUGCUUUGAAAACGUCUUCUUAAAUAUUCCCAAUUAUUGGGUGCAGAAUUCUCUUAUAUCAGGCUUUUUAAUUUACUUAUUCAGGUUUUUAAAAUUCUUCCUGAUUUUUGUCUGCUUGAUUAUCAGUUUCUUAUAGGAGUCUAUUAAACUCCACUAUUCUUCUUGUUAUUCUGUUGAGUUUUAUUUUAUUUAUUUUGAGAGAUAAUAAGAGAUAUUUCUUCUUCCUUCUUAUUCAUCAAUAAAAUAUGAAAAUUGUA